AUAAAUAAAUAAAAUAAAUAAAUAAAAAAAACUAGGUCGUGGCUUAAAAGGCACACCUCCUUGAAUCAAAGCCAAGCGUGCGACAAAAGAUAUAUAAAAAAAAUCUACUAGGAAUUCAGAGACGCAGUAAGUACCAACCAUAGUAUCUAUUUAACUCGUCAUUCUUAUUCCCUCGAUGCAGGCACGAUGAACGCUGUGGUGGAUGCCGUAGUGGUGAUGAUGGUGGUGGUGAUGACCGGUGCGCCUGUGUCUUCAUCCCCGCGGCAGGGACACCACCAACACCUCCCUCGGAAUACCCACUGGACAUUCAACCUCACCACGCCCGAAAUCGUCCAGGGGAUGGGGUACCCAGCGGAGGUACACCACGUGACUACCAGCGAUGGCUACCUGCUGGAGCUGCACCGCAUUCCUCAUGGCGCUGCGGGGCCCUCGGAAGGUCGCCUGCCCGUCUUACUGCAACACGGCAUCCUGGGGUCCUCCGCCGACUGGGUCCUGAACACCGCGGACCAGGCGCUUGCCUUCCUCCUUGCGGAUGCGGGUUACGACGUCUGGCUCAGCAACACUCGGGGAAACACCUACUGUCGCCGCCACCAGGACCUCUCCCCCGACCAACAGGCCUUCUGGAGCUUCAGCUGGGACGAGAUGGCUUACUAUGAUCUGCCAGCCAGCAUCGACUACAUCCUGGAGGUGACGGGCGCCGCUGACCUACACUAUGUGGGCUACAGCAUGGGCACCACUAUCUUCUUCGCUAUGAUGAGUGAGAGGCCAGAGUACAACGAGAAAGUGAGGGUGAUGGCUGCCCUCGCCCCGGUCGCCUUCGUGGAUCACAUUAAGUCCCCCCUCAGAGAACUGGCGCCCUACAGCAACGAUAUUGAUACAGUCCUCACACUGCUGGGCGUGGGCGAGCUUCUCCCCGGCACAACAGUGAUGGACUACCUAGCCGAGAACUUCUGCGAUGCUGAUAUUCCUUUGGUAGAUGUGUGCUAUAACAUAUUCUUCCUCAUCGUUGGACCUGACACAUCAGAGCUCAAUAAGGAUUACAUGACCUCCAUCGUGUCUCAUACACCAGCUGGUACAUCGGUGCACACCGCGAACCAUUAUGGACAGGAGGUGCUCUCUGGUAACUUCAUAAAGUAUGACUACGGUCUCUUGGGCAACCUGAACCACUACGGGCAGCAGACACCCCCACACUACGACCUGGCCAAGGUGACGACGCCGGUCGGCCUCUUCCACAGUGACAACGACUGGCUGGCUGCCCCCGAGGACGUGGCCAGGCUCCAGCAGCUGCUGCCCAACGUGGUGUUCAGUCACCGCGUGGACUUCCAUGAUUUUAACCACGCUGACUUUGUAUGGGCCGUCCACGCCAGGCAAUACGUGCACCGCUACGUGUUAGAGCUGCUGGCCCAGUACUGACCCAGAUGCACCACGCCCUGAGCACCCUUCCCUCACGCGUACCUAGAUUGUGCUAAUACGUGAUACUUUAAUGCAAAGACAGUAGCUGCGGCAAAAAAAAAAAAAAAAAAAAAAAAAAAAAAAAAAAAAUGAGUGUGGUUCUUUACAGCAGUGAAGCAGCUAUGGUGUUUGUCAUGUCAUGUAACCUACUGCACUAGUACAUUGUUAUAAUAUGUAUAUAGUAUAGUGCUAUUCAUCCACUGUUUGGGAAUAAAAGGCAAAGGUGAAUAAAUAAAAGGAACUUGCUAGUCAGAAAAUAGCAUUGAAGACUUCAGUAUGAGGAAAAGUCAGAAACACGCAAAUGAAGCAGAUGAAUCAAUGAGGCGGCGAGUCGAAGAACACCCAGCACAAGGCCAGUCAUGGUGUGGCUGUCCUGCCGGACAACCCACUGCUCGUACUGCUUAUUUAGAUCGAUGUUUUCCUGGUAUAGAUGAGCCACGCAGUGUAUUUGAAUAUAACAUUAAACGUUGUGUUGAUAUUAUUAGGGGUGGUUUUUAUCACUGCAAACCAAGAUAUAUUGAAGUCAGGGAAUACAGAGGCCAUCAAACUUGGUGGCGAGAAAGGAUAUGUUGAGUUCCACAUUUCUAUACAUGGAAGUAUGAAAGCAGGACACGCUUUUAUGUGAUUUCCCAUUCCCUCUCAGGGAAAGCGUCCACCUUGACACUUCAACCAAGCUUGCAAUGAGAAACCAUUCGCUCUGCUUUUGAGGAUAAUAAUUUCACAUUUUUGUAGUUAUAUAAAUAUUCAGUUGUACAUAAACAUUAUGCUUAAAAUAUAUACCAGUAAUAUAGAGUAAAUAGUAGUUUUGUUUCAUAAAAAUUAAAUUUAAAAAAUCAGGAGCUAAACAAUUAUACAAUGGUGUAGAUGCUUUGUGACACCUAUUAAACACAACUAAAACCAGAGAAUGUGCUUCUCAUCAUGUUUACAAACUGAGUUUUGGUGAAAGAAUCAGACACCAAACCUUCACUCAGCCUGCUAGAGCUCAGCCACAAUAAGUUUCUGUCUUCUAUCAAAUACUUCAUAUAAAAGUAGAAAACAAGCUAAAAAUAUGUUACUGUUAUUGAGUUCCAGUUCAUUUCCACAACAUGGAUGUUUCUGCAAGUUACAACUUAAGAAUUAGACCUUAAAUAUGUAAAUAUGUAUUCCCAAAAUCUAUGUGGAUUCUGAGAUACUUCUUUGCUCUGUAAGAAACACUAAACUAUCAUCUUCAAACUUCAAACAGGUACAAAAGAAUGUAGCUGUAAUUUGGAUAUGGCUAAUAAUGCCUCCAAGAACAGUAAAAGACUAAGUACUGUAAAGGAUAGCAUAACUUGUCAUGAUGCAGUGUCCUUACUUUUCACACUACCUAAUCCUACCAAUCUUGUCUGAUGAAGUGCUGGAAGAUAACACAAUUGAGUCGAGCCAAAUGAAAGGUUUAUCACAUCAAAUAUGACUACCAUAAAAAAUGGGACCAAGAAAAGAGAGCACUAGAGUGGACUCCUCCCCACUCACUUUUCCUUAAAGGCAAGAAGUCCACAUUUCUGCUAUAGUCCAGAAAUUAAUGAGAAAGACAACGACAUGUGAUGAGACUCAUAAUAAGAAAAGCAUAGAACAAUGAGAAUAGUAAAAAAUCCAGCCUUUACUAAAUAAGCAAGAUGGAUGUACAUACACUUGAAAUUCAUCAUACAAGACUGAUCCUCCAUUAAAAAUCCAAGGUGAGACUUUUCAAUCCUAUACAAGAGUGUAUCAGUUUCUGCAGCAACAAAUAUCUCAAUGCAGUGUGACUUUUAAACAAAGUACUUAAUGUUGAACCCCUUUACUAAGACAAGUGGACAAUGUAUGUGGCAAUGAAUAGAAGUGUCAAACUGCUAGCACAUGGCAGUCAGUUAAGUGUGGGAAACUAAGGGAGACUGACAGACAGAAGUGAUCACAGUCUGACAUCCC